UGCAGCAGUAUUUGGGAAACUAAGGACGCGAAGCAAGAGAAAAUGUGAAAAAUGUCCGACGAUGAAAGUUACUCUUUGGCCAUAGAAACAACACCCAUAGAUUUUGAAGAAGACGGAAGAGAAACAAGAGCGACAUGGGAACACGAACAAUUAGCACAGGUGCGGAUUAAAGUAUUCAGGGGACACUUUGGUGGUGUGAACUCCUGCCAGUAUAUCGACAAUGAUACCAAAAUACUAUCGGGAUCUUCAGACAAGACAGUGAAGAUAUGGGACAUUGACACAGGCAUUGUAACUAAUAGCUACAACUGUCAUUCAGAUUCGGUCAGUGCUGUCAGCAUCAACGACAAUGGAUGCAGGUUUGCGUCGUGUGGCUGGGAUAAGAAGAUUGGAGUGUGUGAUGUGGAGUCAGGGAACAUGUUGUGGUCGGGGAAGCAUGCUGGAGUAGUGACCAGUUGUAAGUUUUCACAUGAUGGGAAACUGGUUGUCUCGGGAUCAGACUUGGACAACACACUGAAAAUUUGGGAUGCCAACUCGGGUGAACUUAUCUACAAUAUUGAAGAUAUACACUCCAGCACAAUCACGAGCUGUCAGUUUGCCCCUCUUGAUGACAAGGUCAUCACAACCUCUAUGGACCAGUCAGCAAAGUUCUUUGACCUUCGCUCCAACAAGGUCACCAUCAAAGUGGAGGGACAUAUCAAUGUCAUAUCUUCCUGUGAUGUGACGUUUGAUGAGCGUAAAUUUGCUACUGGUUCCUGGGACAAAACCAUCAGUAUUUGGGACAUUGCCACAGGAGGCUACAGAUCUAAGGGACCUUUGGCCCUGUCUGGUAGCCAUGAUGGGUCAGUCAGCUCUUGCUGUUUCAGCAAUGAUGGUCUGAUGUUGGCCACAGGUUCUUACGACAAAACUGUUGUGGUGUGGGAUGUGGAGAACCAAGUUCAGAAACUCAAGUUACAGGGCCAUGAUGACUGGGUGCUUGAUGUGGCCUUUACAAAGGACAUGCAGUACGUGAUGUCUGCCUCCAAGGACGGCACUAUAAGGAUCUGGAAUGUUGAGGAGUCUGACAAAAUCCCUGUUGUCAUGGAGAGGAAGAAGGCCAUAGGUCUCAAGAUAAUCAAGUGUAGCAAAUGUGGCAAGCCGUUUUCUAUGACCCAGCUGGAGAGUUUCCGGGAUGUUUCUGUGUGUGUGUUCUGUCGUCUUAAGAACCGAGAGAAGACAAUGCUGGACAUCAUGAACAUGGUGGACUCUUGAUGUCGGUGUUAGUGUCGAGCUGGUCAAAUUGUAUCGUGUUCUGUGAUUCAGGUGACUUCCUGUGAUGGAGUUGGUGACACCGCCCUGUCCUACUCCAUUGUUACUGGUAUCGCUGUUUCACCACUCACCAAGUCUGUGAUAUCUAUGGUCUUCAAACAAAGUCAUGUUUCUGGGUUAGUUCCAUCAUGGUUUUUCCUGGCCAUGUUUCUGGGUUAGUUCCAUCAUGGUUUUUCCUGGCCAUGUUUCUGGGUUAGUUCCAUCAUGGUUUUUCCUGGCCAUGUUUCUGGGUUAGUUCCAUCAUGGUUUUUCCUGGCCAUGUUUCUGGGUUAGUUCCAUCAUGGUUUUCCCUGGCCAUGUUUCUGGGUUAGUUCUAUCAUGGUUUUUCCUGGCCAUGUUUCACGGUUAGUUCCAUCAUGGUUUUCCCUGGCCAUGUUUCACGGUUAGUUCCAUCAUGGUUUUCCCUGGCCAUGUUUCACGGUUAGUUCCAUCAUGGUUUUUCCUGGCCAUGUUUCUGGGUUAGUUCCAUCAUGGUUUUUCCUGGCCAUGUUUCUGGGUACGUUCCAUCACAGUUUUUCCUGGCCAUGUUUCUGGGUUAGUUCCAUCAUGGUUUUUCCUGGCCAUGUUUAUGAGAUUGUACAUCAGUCUGUAUAAGACAGUUAUGAGCUGAUCGACUUUGUAUAGAUAUAUAAUUGAGUGACCAAUCAGUGAAGUGUUAAGAGAUAUCUGAAGAUUUCAAUAAGAAAUCUUUCUCAAAAGUAUUUUAUAUGCUUCAAAUCCUUGUGAUAAGGACAUUAUAGUGUUGUCCAACUUCCAUAGACACAUGAUGCAUACUUUGUGAACAUUUUGUAUAAUUAAAAAUUAAUAUUGAACAUUGUUUGUAUAUCAAUUGUCAUGAACAUUUAUUGAAAUAUUUUUAAACAUAUUGUUGUUGCUAAAAGUUUAUGUUAACAUGUAAAAUAAAGUGCAGGCCUGAAAAGCUGUACGUUUA